AUGGCGAUGGACUGGUCUCUGUCGCACCAGGACUUGCAGUGGCUUCACUGGGAGCCAAAGGACCCGGGCAAUGCGCAGUCGAGAACUCGACGGCCGCGGAGCUUCGCUCGCAGCCUGGAGCGGCAGAGGCCCUGGGCUUCGAGGCACUCCCCGCGGGAGCUCCAUCAUCCCGAGGAGCGGCUGCAGCUGAGCAGAUGGCUCGAAACGACGGCCUCGGCCUCGCUCCUGAGCCGACCAGCGCGUGGCGUGGAGUGGAAGAGCUACGGGUCUGCGCUUCGGCUGCUGAGAGCCGUGCCGAGCAAUGCGAGUCCCUUCCUCGUGAAUCACUCUCGCGACUGCCUCGAGCAGAGCAGCAGGGACCCCCAAGUGCUUCGGCUUCGGGCCGCGAGUCUCCAAAAGCCUCUGAACUUGGCUCCGCAGCUCUCUCUGGGCUCAACAACCUGGCCACUGGCCAACGAACGAGAGAUGGAGGCGCAAGUCGCGCCGGCGCUCCUUGGGGCCCGGGCCCGGGCCCGGGCCCUUGGGGAGAGCCAGAGCUCCGACGAGGCCACGCCCACGGAGGCAGAAAGCGAUGGCCAGAGCUUCCUGCUAGUGACUUCCGGAGAGUUCUGUGAAGGGACUGCCCGCAGCCGUGCUACUUGGAGAGAACCCGAGCGAAGUCGAGCUGACUUGGAAGCCUGGGAAAGGGAGGAGGAAGUGGAGCACCGGAAGGCUGGCCGUGCCUACCAUCCGAUCCCCUCUGCUGAGGUGCUUCAACUGCUCGGAGAGGUGCCACCAGGGCUUUCUGGCCGCUACAGCUCACGGCUGCGCGCCGAGGCGCAGCGGCGCCGAGCUUCCGCGGUUUCAGAGGGCAGCGGCGGCUGCGGCGGCUUGAUGCGCACGUGGCAUAGGUGGCUGCUCCUGGUUCUGCUGCUUUCAGACACGGCCUCACGUCAGAGGUCGCUGGCUGCGGCACUGGCUGCAGACCUUUCAAGCGCGCUUCCAUUCAGGAGGGAGAUCGAGACGGCAGCAGAGCCGUCGGCGCCCUUGAGCGCUCGGACAGCUCGGACAACUCGAAGCCGAGCCGAGUUCGAUGAGGCCCCUGAGGCCUGUGCGGACGCUCUGGGCCGCGCGGAGGAUGAAGCCAUCUCACUGGAAGUCCUCUCCCGACGCGACAUCCUGGGCUACCACCAGAUGCUCCUGGCCAUUCACGACUGGACCUCCACCUUACGACGGCCGAAAGCUGGAGCUGGAGCUCCACAGGUCUCCGGUGCAUCCUCCGCCGCAUCCGCCUCCACGGUCGCCGAAUGCCUGGCGGCCGAAAGCAGCAGGUACCUGGACUUGGUGAAGAGGCUCCGGAGCGCCUUCUUGGCCUCGCACCGGCGCGCCGCGACUGCGAGGAGCCACUGGACCCUGGAGAGGCAGACGAGGCUGCUGCCAGCUUCGAGGCCUUGA